AUGUUCAUGGCGUCUUCUUCUUCUUCUUCUUUGUCUAGACCUGGUUGGGGUUACGAUGUAUUUCUAAGUUUUAGAGGUGAAGAUACUCGCAAAAAUUUUACGGAUCAUCUUUACACUGCUUUACACCAUGCAAGAAUCCAUGCAUUUCGAGAUGACGACGAACUUCGUAGAGGUGAAGAAAUCUCCUUGCAACUCCUCAAAGCAAUUCAAGAAUCCAAGAUUUCUAUAGUGGUUUUCUCUAAGGGCUAUGCUUCCUCCACUUGGUGUCUUGCUGAACUUGAAAAGAUUCUUGAUUGCAGACACACAACUGGCCAGAUUGUUCUACCUGUUUUCUAUGAUAUCGAUCCUUCUGAUAUUAGAAAACAGACGGGGAGUUUUGCUGAAGCCUUUGAUAGACAUGAAGAAUGUUUUAAGGAAGAAAUGGAGAAGGUCCAAAAGUGGAGAAAAGCUCUUGUGGAGGCUGCAAAUUUAUCUGGGUUGGAUCUUCGCAGUUUCGCAAAUGGGCAUGAAUCAAAAUUAAUUCAAAAGAUUGUUGAAGAAGUUUCUAGUAAACUGGAUCCCAGAUUUUUGUUUGACGAUAGGCUGCUGAAGAGGUUGAAGACAACAAUGAUAUCUGGCGGUGGGCUGCUUGACGAUGCUGAGGAGAAGCAGAUAACAAAUACAGCUGUGCGGGAUUGGCUGGCCGAGUAUAAAGACGCUGUCUAUGAAGCCGACGACUUCUUGGAUGAGAUUGCUUAUGAAGCUCUACGGCAGGAGUUGGAAGCCGAAGCUCAAACCUUCAUUAAACCACUUGAAAUAAUGGGGUUGAGAGAGAUACAAGAAAAAUCAAGAGGCCUCCAGGAGAGUCUAGAUUACUUAGUAAAACAAAAGGAUGCCCUUGGUUUGAUCAACCGCACUGGAAAAGAACCAUCAUCGCCUAAAAGACGAACAACUUCUCUGGUGGAUGAACGUGGUGUUUAUGGUAGAGAUGAUGACAGGGAAGCAAUACUGAAGUUGCUUCUAUCAGAUGAUGCAAAUGGACAAAACCUAGGGGUCGUUCCCAUAGUGGGAAUGGGCGGGGUUGGUAAAACCACGCUCGCUCAGCUUGUAUACAAUCACAGCAGAGUACAAGAGCGGUUCGGUCUCAAAGCUUGGGUUUGUGUUUCAGAAGAUUUCAGUGUUUCGAAGUUAACCAAGGUUAUCCUUGAGGGGUUCGGUUCAAAGCCUGAUUUUGAUCAUCUGGAUCCCCUCCAGCUUCAGUUGAAGGAGAGAUUGCGGGGAAAGAAAUUCUUGCUUGUUUUAGAUGACGUUUGGGAGGAAGAUUAUGCUGAGUGGGACAAUUUGCUUACCCCCCUGAAGUGCGGAGCACAAGGGAGUAAGAUUCUUGUCACAACACGGAAUGAAAGUGUAGCAACAGUCAUGAGAACUGUUCCAACUCAUUAUCUAAAAGAAUUAACGGAAGACAGCUGCUGGGCCGUGUUUGCCACUCAUGCAUUUCGAGGUGAAAAUCCCAAUGCUUAUGAAGAGUUACAAGAAAUUGGUAGAGCAAUAGCGAGAAAGUGUGAAGGCCUUCCUCUAGCUGCAAUAACACUCGGAGGUCUGCUACGCACCAAAAGAGAUGUCGAGGAGUGGGAGAAGAUAUUGAAAAGCAAUCUAUGGGAUUUACCCAAAGACAAUAUCCUCCCAGCUUUGAGAUUAAGUUAUCUUUAUCUCCUGCCACAUAUGAAGCAAUGUUUUGCUUAUUGUGCCAUAUUUCCGAAAGAUUAUUCAUUUCAAAAGGAUGAGUUAGUGCUCCUGUGGAUGGCAGAGGGCUUCUUAGUCCACUCUGUAGAUGAUGAGAUGGAAAAGGCAGGUGCUGAGUGCUUUGAUGUUCUCUUGUCAAGGUCGUUUUUCCAGCAAUCAAGUGCCUCUCCCUCAUCAUUUGUGAUGCACGAUAUCAUGCAUGACUUGGCUACACAUGUGUCCGGUCAAUUUUGCUACGGCCCGAAUAAUUCUUCCAAGGCGACUAGAAGGACCCGACAUUUAUCACUCGUAGCAGGUACGCCACAUACUGAAGAUUGUUCUUUCAGCAAGAAAUUAGAAAACAUCCGUGAAGCUCAGCUUCUACGCACAUUCCAAACUUAUCCACACAAUUGGAUCUGUCCUCCCGAAUUUUAUAAUGAGAUCUUUCAGUCAACACAUUGUCGCCUACGAGUGCUAUUCAUGACUUAUUGUAGAGAUGCAUCUGUGUUGUCAUGUUCAAUUAGCAAGUUGAAGCAUUUGCGGUAUUUGGAUCUUUCCUGGUCAGAUUUAGUAACGUUGCCUGAAGAAGCGAGUACUCUUCUCAAUUUGCAAACGUUGAUCUUGGAAUAUUGCAAACAACUUGCUAGUCUACCUGAUCUUGGAAAUUUGAAGUAUUUACGACAUCUGAAUCUUCAAAGAACAGGAAUCGAAAGGUUGCCUGCAUCUCUGGAAAGGUUAAUCAACUUGCGGUAUCUUAACAUCAAAUACACGCCUUUGAAAGAGAUGCCACCACAUUUAGGUCAACUGGCAAAGCUCCAAACGUUGACUGACUUUCUCGUGGGAAGACAGAGUGAGACUAGCAUUAAAGAAUUGGGAAAGCUACGACAUCUACGGGGAGAACUUCAUAUUGGGAACCUUCAAAAUGUGGUGGAUGCUCGGGAUGCUGUUGAGGCAAAUUUGAAAGGUAGAGAGCACCUUGAUGAGCUGAGGUUUACAUGGGAUGGUGACACUCAUGACCCGCAACACAUAACAAGCACACUUGAGAAAUUAGAGCCAAAUAGAAAGGUGAAGGAUCUUCAGAUUGAUGGUUAUGGAGGUUUAAGGUUUCCGGAGUGGGUAGGAGAGUCCUCUUUCUCAAAUAUAGUGUCCUUGAAGCUCAGAAGAUGUACAAACUGCACCUCCUUACCACCGCUCGGGCAAUUAGCUUCUUUAGAGUAUCUCUCAAUUGAAGCAUUCGAUAAAGUUGUGACUGUGGGCUCUGAGUUCUAUGGGAAUUGUACUGCUAUGAAGAAGCCAUUUGAAUCCCUCAAAACAUUAUUUUUUGAAAGGAUGCCAGAGUGGCGGGAGUGGAUUUCAGACGAAGGCAGCCGGGAAGCCUUCCCUCUUCUUCGGGAUCUUUUCAUCAGUAAUUGCCCCAACCUUACAAAGGCUCUACCUGGUCACCACCUUCCACGUUUAACAACACUUUCAAUUGGAGGAUGUGAGCAGCUCGCGACUCCACUUUCUAGGUGUCCAAUCAUCAAUUCAAUUUACUUGCGCGAUGCUUCUCGUACUCUGGGCUGGAGGGAAUUAGAUUUACUUUCAGGGUUGCACUCUCUCUAUGUUUCUCGAUUCAACUUCCAAGACUCCCUACUCAAGGAAAUCGAGCAAAUGGUUUUUUCACCGACUGAUAUAGGAGAUAUUGCAAUCGACGGCGUUGCUUCUCUCAAAUGCAUCCCACUGGACUUUUUCCCCAAGCUAAAUUCUUUUUCUAUCUUUAACUGUCCAGAUCUCGGAUCACUCUGUGCACAUGAAAGACCUCUCAAUGAGCUCAAAUCUCUUCAUUCUUUGGAAAUCGAGCAGUGCCCUAAAUUAGUUUCAUUUCCCAAAGGAGGAUUACCUGCUCCAGUCUUAACACAACUUACGUUACGACAUUGCAGAAACUUGAAGCGGUUGCCUGAGAGCAUGCAUUCCCUCCUCCCAUCCCUUAACCAUUUGCUAAUAAGUGAUUGUUUAGAACUUGAGUUGUGUCCAGAAGGGGGUUUUCCCUCCAAAUUACAAUCACUUGAGAUUUGGAAAUGCAACAAACUCAUUGCAGGCCGCAUGCAAUGGGGCUUGCAAACGCUCCCUUCGCUUUCACACUUUACAAUUGGUGGCCACGAAAAUAUUGAAUCCUUCCCUGAAGAGAUGCUUCUGCCCUCAAGUCUUACAUCUCUUACAAUAUAUUCCCUAGAACACCUGAAAUAUCUUGACUACAAGGGACUUCAACACCUCACCUCUCUUACAGAAUUGGUGAUAUUUCGCUGCCCUAUGCUUGAGUCCAUGCCAGAAGAAGGGUUGCCCUCCUCCCUUUCUUCUCUUGUAAUUAACAAUUGUCCUAUGCUGGGUGAAAGUUGUGAAAGGGAGAAAGGUAAAUAUUGGCCCCAGAUUUCUCACAUUCCUCGCAUAGUUAUUUUCCCAACAUCAGCGGAGCAAAAGAGUAGCAGUUAAAAGGAGCUACUAAAUAGUUUAUUUUCUACUAAAUAUAUUGAGGUAGGAUCCAAAUCCAACUUUCCACUUACAGUUCAUGAAGGGUUUGUCACCCUUCCUUCUUGCCAGAACAAUAUGCACAGGAUAAAAUUGAUCUGCUUGCUCCCUAAGGUAUGGCUCAUUGUGAACUUUUCCAUUCGAUGUUCUUUCUCAGUUACUCUG